AUGGCUUUCUACGGCGGCCCGCGCGGCCCGCCGCCGCCGCCCUGGCAGGUCGUCGUGGCGCCGGGCCAGCCGCGGCCCUACUAUUUUAAUCCAGUGACGAACGUCACGACGUGGGAACCGCCGCCGCUGCCGCCGCCGCCGCCCAUGAGCGCACCCGUGCCCGACGCGGCGCCGGGCGGCAUCCCCCGCCCCGACCCGAUCCUGGAACCGGAACGCUACGAGGCCUGGCUCCAGGUCACGCAGCACAUCCAGUCCGGCGACAAGAACACGGCCUCGUUCAGCGGGUUGCAGAACGCCGCCGGCAACGGCAUCAAGGGCCACAUCACGGACGCCGGUGGUCUUAAAUUAGGUGAUUGCCACCUCUACCCGCUGGGCGCCUGCAUGAAGGGCGACAAAUGUCCCCACGUGCACAACAGGAAACGGUUUGGGCAUUUGUACAACGCGGACGGCCUGCCCAAGGUCAAGCCCAUCGCCGUCGACGACGGCCGGUCCGUGCCGCGCUACUCUGGAAAUCGCGACCGCCGGGCGCCGUCGCCGCGGCGCCGCCGGUCGCGGUCGCGGUCGCCGCCGCGGCGCCGCCGGUCGCCGUCGCCCGACGACUACCGGCGGAGGCAUCGGUCGCGGUCGCCGGACUACCGCCGGCGCUCGCCGCCGCGGUCGUACAGCCGGCGCGAGCGAGACCGAUACCGCUGA